AUGAACACAUAUAUGUGUAUGUUGAUCACACUAUCAAUAGUGUGGGAACAAGCAUUCUUAUUUCCAUCUUACAAGUACUCUUCGUUUAUGGAAGAAGAAAGAGCAAUUACACCACUGGAACACUGUUUCCGCCUUCCAUUUGAGUUUAGCGAAGAUGACAGACUUGGACCAUGGGACAUACUGAUAAGUGAAAACGCAGUCAAAUUUAUGUCGCGUUUGAACUCACCUCUGGCGGUUAAAGCAAUCAUGAAAAAACUCGGAAACAUAUCUUCUGGUGCUUGGGAUAAGCACAGACUAAACAAUAAAAUUUCAUCUUUCGCAAUCCCCGUUUAUGAAACGGAACUCCAUGAUCACGACAGCAUAAAAAUCCUUUGGCAAGUUGACUCUGGAUUUUCUGUCCGUAGCUAUCAACUUACGCAAAUCGUGAAAAUUUGGGUUAUCACUUCCAGUCAAGAUCAAAUUGAUGCAACUCUAAAAAUUCUCAGAAUAGCUCAUCAGGUUUACAAAGCUGAGCAAAUUCAUCGGUGUACCAUUCGAUUGAUCGGUAAAAAUGAUAUAAUUUUACCAAUACUAUUUGGAGAGGAAAUGCCAACAACGUCUACUGAGAACGAAUUUUAUAGCUCUCGAAUGGAUGACGAAAGGCUUCUAGAAGUUCAUAAAAUGCUUGUUACAAAUAAAUUCAUUCCUUUGUCAAAGAAUUUAUUUAAAUCGCUGGUAAUGGGUGGCACUGGUUUUACUUUUCAAGUUUCGAAAGUAGAGCACGAAAUCAUCAACAAUCCAACUUCAACUAUCAUAAUUGGUCGAUCAGAGGCAAAUAUUCAUCACUGCGAGCCAUCAUCUAUGCCAUCGGGUAAAGGAAUAUUUUCACAAGUUGAAAAAAUCUGCGAGGAUCAUUUUCCAAUAUUCAUUACCUAUAAAAAAUUCUCUGAAAUGCUCGAGGGAACAUACGAAAUGGAUGCUCGAAAGCACAUGAACAUGUAUAUGCAACAAUUAAAAAGAGGGGAUGAUGGCGAUGAUAUUGUUGAUGACAAAGAGGAAAAACUCCGCCGCAAAUUUUCGUUAUUCAAUACAACAUGGGCUCACUUUGUGAACUAUGAUGUUUUUAAGAACAAGUAUUGGAGGCAUUUUGGCGAUAAAAAACUGGACUGCGAGCUGGUCUAUAAUGAAUUUUUUAUUAUAAAGGGAUUGAAACCCGACGGAAAGCAUUUGUCACGGGAAGAAUAUAAGGCUGUGAACAUUAAAAAAUUCCCCGCAUUUUGCCAAAACCGGGAUAAAAUUUACGACAUGUUUUUGCAAUAUGAAAAGAUCAAGAAAAGGAGAUAUACGGGUGAUUAUGACGCGAUGGACCGUACACUAUAUAUUUUACGUCGUACAACGGAAAAUGAACUUGAAAGUGCACAAAUUCAUGAGAUAUAUAUGGAUGAAUGCCAAGACAACCAGAUCGUGGAUUUUGGUCUUAUAUUGAAGAUUUUUAAUCGCAUUGACAGUAUUUUUUUAGCCGGUGAUAUAGCGCAAUGUAUAGCCAAGGGCUCUUCUUUCCGAUUCCAGAAUCUACGCGCCUUGAUGUAUGAAUGGGAGCUCAAUCGAGCUCAGGCUUAUAAUAUCCCUCGUGAUCUUAUAAAAACAAAACUAUUUGAGCUAAAUGUCAAUUACCGUGCCCACAGUGGGAUUCUUCGGCUUGCCUCUUCAGUAAUUGAUCUCAUCUGCCAUUUUUUUCCUGAAUCAAUCGACCGUCUAUCACGUGAACAUAGCGAGGUUGGCGGUCCACGGCCUGUAAUAGUUAAGGAGUUUAGAGCUGAAACCUAUUUCAAUAUUUUUUCUGUUGGUGAGAAUACUGAGAAUGAUAUCGAAUUCGGGGCUGAACAAGUUAUUAUCGUACGUGAUGAAAAAUCUAAAUCACAUCUCAAAGGUCUCAUUAAAGAUGCUGGAAUAGUGAUGACAGUGUAUGAAGCGAAAGGGAUGGAAUUUAAUGACGUUUUAUUAUAUAAUUUCUUUACUGAUUCGCCUGGACGUCAGAGGUGGCAAUUAAUUCUUUCCAAGUCCAAGGAAGCCCAAGAAUUUUCUUAUGAAAAGUAUUAUAUUCUUUCCUCUGAACUUAAGAAUCUCUACGUCGCAAUUACUAGGGCACGGCAACACAUUUGGAUAUUUGAUGAGUUAAGUGAAUACAUCGAACCAAUCUGCAAAUACUGGGGAGAUCUUGAGCUAAUCAAAGUGAUCGGAAGUAAGGAUACUUUUUCUACGUUGCUUAAGGAGUUUCCUACGUUGGUUAAGAAGAGUAGUUCAGCAGAAUGGAAUCAAAUGGGAAAGAAAGUUUUUGAAGAACGGCUUUAUGAAGAGGCUAUGACAUGCUUCAAGAAGAGUGGAAAUCAUCAAAAUUUUAAAUUAGCUCAGGCCUAUCUUUUUCAAAAAAUAGCAAGAUCUUCCAUAUAUGAUUCCGAUGAAGAUGCCAUGAUUUUGAAAUUUUGUCGUGCAGCUAAAGCAUUUCGAGAAUGUUCUCGCCCAAUACGGGCAGCUUCAUGCUAUGAGAAUAUAAACAUGUAUGAGAAGGCUGCUGAAGUUUACGUUGAAUGGAAUAUGUUUGAUAAAGCCGCGUAUUGUUUUCUUAAGAUCCCUAACUUUGAAAAAGCGGGAAAGUAUUUCGAAAAGGUUAACAAGUAUGCUGAAGCUGUUUAUUCUUAUAAUGAUGGCCAAUGUUAUGAAAAGGUCGUUAAUUUAAUGCUAAGAGAAAAUAUUGACAAGAAUGAGUUCAAAGCUAUCAUAUAUCGUGCUAACAUCCAUUACCGUAAGGCGAAGGACAGAGAUAUGAGUGCGAAAGCUCUUUCCAUUUUUCCAACUCUGGAGGAAAAAAUAGAUUUCCUUCAAGAACAUGCCCAUGAAGAGUUUUUGGAAGUUUGCGAGAAGAAUGGUCGCUUUUGUGUCGCCGCUAAAGACUUGCGCUCGCGUGGGAGAUUCAAAGAGGCGGCGGAUAUGUUCCCUCGUAUGGUUGGCAUGUUUCCUUGCUUGCUUACCAAGGAUGAUGAGACCAAAGAGUAUUUACGAGGUUGCUUGGAUCUAUGUAGAAUCAAAUUAGUGACUCCAAAUUUCUUUCAAUUAAAAGAUCAUCUUUCCAAGGCAAUCAAUAUUAUUUCAAAAGUCAAAUCGCAAGCGUGGAAGGAAUCUGAAGAAUAUAGAAGCCUAAAAGAAGAGUUCCAGUUAUAUAAAACUUAUUGGGAUUCGGAUCUCGAUGGAAUCCGGAAGUUCAUGCAAUUAUUUAGAAGACGUGAAGACCGCGUCAUCGAGUUUCGUGCGAUAAUCAUACGGUUGUAUAUCUUAAAGUUUGAUAUUCAGAUCGAGAACUGGCAGGAACGAUUACAAUGUCUAUUGAGAUUGUGUGAACUGGCCUUUCUCUUUAUAGCAUCUCGAGAUGAAAAUAUUAACAGAGUUUUUCAGGAUAUUUAUCUUGUAAACGAAGUUGCCAAGCAUCCACGUAAACGAAAAAUAUCUUCUGACAAUCACAUUCUCCAUAUUCUGAAUCUGAAUAAUCAAAAAAGUGGAAACAUCUCGGAUGGUUGGCAUAUAUACGACGAGAAGAUUUUGAACUCUGCUAUCUCACAAUCUCUUGCUUUGUAUAUUUAUAAAAGCAUCGUGGAGGCUGGUCAGAAGGGUAAAGAUAUUCGAGAUAUAAGUUCUGAAAUAUGCUUUGAAUUUGCAUCCUGUUCUAAGAGUGGUUGUCGAAAUCAUCAUGUUAUUCCGACACCUUCAACUCUGCGCGAACGUUUCUCACUCGCUUGUCUUCAGUACACUGUGAUGCAGCAAUUGAAUAUCUUGUAUCAUCACCGUCUUUUAAACAUGGGACAAAUUAAGAAGGUUCGUGAGUUACAAAGGUGGUGGACCGAAAGACUUGUGAAAAUUCAUAUCCGUUAUCAAUCUCCUCAAACAAGCUGCCCAGAAGUCACCCAUGCGGUUCUUGCUAAACUCCCUAAGGACACACGUGAUGGUUUAUUAGAUAUCGUUCGCAAUAUUUGGCUGCCUCGUAUGUUUUAUGAUCCCGAUGACUUUUCGGUCAUGUUAAAAUGCAUGCUUGUUCUUCACCAAUUGCAUGACAAAUGGGGAAUUUGUGAAUUCGAUUUUGAAAUGUCAAAAAAAAGAAUGCUAAAACCUAGUAUGGAAACACCCACCGGUAUCAAUUACUACUCUAGAUACCAGUCUAUUCUUAUUGGAAAGCAACUUUCAUUAUUCUUCUCAAAGCUCGAUAAUAAUUAUGUGUUAGAUGCGAUCAUGCACAUAAAAAUGGUUAUCCAAUACGUUAUCAACAAUAUUGAACUAAUCAAUAUAAAAACUUCCGAUGCGUUUGGUGAUCUUAUAUCAUUUAUAGAGUUCAAAACUUCUUUGGUUUUUGCAUCUGGUCCCGAAUCUUGUGAUUUUUGCCUCACUCGAGCUUAUUUGGUUAAUUAUUUUGACGCAUUUACUGCGGAACCGCUUAUUCACCGCCAACAUGGUUAUAACAAAGUUGAUUAUUUCGAUGAAAUCACGAACUCUGUUGAUCAAGUUCAGCAGCUCUUCGAUUUGUUGAUUUCUACUGGACAAGUUUAUUUGACUAUUAUCCUUAGAUUAAUACGACUCUUAGUUCUUAUAGGUUUAAACGAAUCAGAUUUUGCAACUAGAAUCUUUGAUCUUUUUAAAUGCUGGUCCAAAAAAUCAUUUUCUCCCAAGGUCACAAAAUACUUGAACGGAAGUUCUAUGAGUCGUCUUGCGUUCGUUCUUCAUGAUGACCUCAAAGAGACUGAUUGCGACUCCUUGGUAAUCGUCCAUUAUCAUUCAGAAAACUCGUCAAAGUUCUCCGACUUGGAGGAAAAUGGUAUUGUAAAGCUUAACUAUACCUCUGUUGAGCGAUUUCAUUCUGCUCUUCGACAAAUCACAGCACCAAUAGUUAUUGAAGAACGUGAUCCUUCAUCUAAGCAGCAAAAAAUUGUAUUAACGCCAAUCGCGUCUGUUAGCGAAGACAGUCAGAAUAAUGAAAAGUUUGAGAUAUUCAAAGUAACUCAAGGCUUGGCCUAUCCUUCUCAGGCUAAAGAAGCGGCCACCAAAAUUCAAGUUUGGUUCCGUAGUGCCCUUAAACAACAAAAGUCUCGACCACAUAAAGAUGAUCCAAUCCUAGACAAGAUUUAUAACGAGAUGGUAGUUUUUUGCAAAAAUGAACUUUACUGGAAGUUUAUUGAUGAUCCAAUCCCAGAAAAGAUUUAUAACGAGAUGGUAGAUUUUUGCAAAAAUGAACUUUACUGGAAGUUUAUUGCUGAGAGAAAGAAAAAGAUAUACCAUUUUAUAUUGAGAGGUAUAAUCGUAAAGAACCUUGUGGAUUUGACAAAAGUACAAAGAAAAAUGGACGCUACCAAGAUCAAAUUGCAAAAGAUAAUCAAUAAUCGCAAUUCGGAUGAAGAAUGUUUGGAAUUACUGGACGACUUAAAAUAUAUCCACUAUGAAAAUAUUAAGAUGGCGCUAGAUUCAUUAUCAAUAGAGAAUACGACAAAACAUCAAGAAGCAGACAUCGAGUGGUUGAAAAACGAAUCGCAAAUGGCGGAUGUUUACCUAAAUGAGGUUUACCGUUGGAUAGAUAAAUGCAAAGAAUUCAUGAAAAAAUGA